CCUGAUCCGCAGCAGCCGCUGGCCAUGGCCUCAGGGACUGGAGGGAGCUGGGGUCAUCCCUCAGCCCAGUGUGCAGCCCCGACGCCCUGGGUGACCAUUCUACAGCCCCUCCCGUGGGCCAUCCCAGCUCCGUCCCCACAGCCGGGCAGCGUGAAGGAAGACCUGCUGGAGCUGAUGAUGCUGCAGAACGCACAGAUGCACCAGCUGCUUCUGAGUGGCCAGGUGGCAGCGGUGCUCAACCAGGUGCCGCCCUGGCCCUGCCUGCAGGUGCGUGGACUGGGGAUUGGGGACUGGGGGUGGGGGGGCUACCAGGGCUGCCCACCUGCAGGGCCAGAGGUGGGCCUGCAUCUGGGGUUUGCCCCCACCUUGAGAAGAAGGACCAGGCAACAGAGGAGCCAGAAGCCAAGCCCAUACCUAUCUAGGUCUGUUUGGCAUCUAUUAUGUCUCAGGCCCCAUGUCAGCCUCCAUGGCAGGGAGGUAGGGGCUCCUAAAAUCUCAGGUCUUGUUUUCAAGGUUUCCUGCAGUGUAUCCCGCCAGGGACUGCAGGUCGUAGAGGGUAGACCCUCAGUAGGGACUCUGUUGCUAUUUGUUGAGCAAAUGAGUGGGGGCAGGGAGAGCUGGAUCCUGUCUCAUCCGCCCUCCCUUCUGCACAAUCCUCAGGUCUACCUGGAGGGUCAACGAGCGAGUGAGGAGGAGGAGGAGGAGGCGGCGGACGUGCAGGAGGAGGGGCCUUUGGUGGUCCACCACCACUACCUGCCCUGGCCCACGCCCGUCCUGGGCGCCCUGCAGCCCGGGCCAGCCCCCCUCCUGUCCCCUCCCCUCCAUCAGCCCCACUCGCAGGACGCAUCCAGGAUUCAGCACCGCCCUCCUGCCUCUGGGAAAAGGGGGCCGAGGGCCGUGCCCCCACCCCCGCCCCCCAGUGCCACAGGGACUGUGGGUGCCGAGGUACCCCCAGCUUCAGACUACUAUGAUGCCGAGAGCCUACAGUGAGGACAGACGCUGGCCUGGGUUCACCACUGGCUUGGAAACAGCUUCAGAACGCUCUAGAGCCUGCCAACCCUCCUUCUUUCCCCGCUCACCCCCAGACAAGCCGU